AUGGCGACGUGGAGCCGGGGGCCGCACGGCCAUGGCUGCCCCGCCGYGCAGGAGGCCCAGACGCGGCUGCGCUCGGCCGUGGCGCAUGAGCGGGCGGCGCGAUGGCCGCAGGCCGUCGAGGAUUACAGAGCACUCCUGAGGCUCCUGAAGGAAGCGUUUCCCCACAGCACGGAGCCGACGGCUGCCUAUUCACAACUGCUAUUCGAAACUUACUAUCAUUUAGCUGUAGCCUUGCAAAAACUGCAUCGCCAUAAAGAGGCUGUGGAUGAACUCACUAAAGCAGUAGAAGUUUCAUCGAUCCCUAAGAGAGUGUGUCAAGUUGGCUGUGUUUCCACAUCUAUCCUCCAAACACCAGCGCUUUGUCGAAGAGCCUACGCRCAUGUCAAAUGUGAAAAUUGGAAAAAAGCAAUAGAUGAUGCUAAUAAGGUUGUCCAGUUGGACCCUGCAAACCCUGACAUAUACUGCAUCAGGGCACUUGUGUGGAGUAGUGUAGGACAGAAGAAGAGGGCAAUGGUUGACUUAAACCACAGCCUCAAGCUGAAUCCUUCUCAUGUCUGUGCUCUAAUCAUAAGGGGUGCCAUCAUAAACAAUCUCACUGCAAAAGGGAUCCAGCAACCCUUAGAGAAAAAUAAAGAUCAYGAAAAGGCCUUUCAACUCUCAAAGAAGAAUGAGCAGUUUUUUGAUGUGGAGGACUUCUGCAGUCUUAAAAUGUCAGACUUCUAUGAUAAGUGA